GCAACUCGACAAUGGCUGCUGUAGAUGCGGUCGAUUUUGAUAGUGUUGAGCCGCGUGUUGGAGUCGAAUCUGUGCGUAGUACAGCGGAAUCUGUAGGCAUAGUAAGUCUGGACGACAACUUGGCGCAUACACUUGCUGACGAUACCACUUUCAAAGUAAAGUACAUAAUCCAGGAAUCGUCCAAAUUCAGCUUACAUGCUAAACGACAGAAAAUGACUGCUGACGAUUUUGAUCGAGCUUUGAAACAAUGCAACUUAGAGCCUUUAUAUGGUUUUCGUGCUGGAGAGUUUAUUCCUUUCCGAUGUGCCAGUGGUGGUGGCCGUGAGGUGCACUUUCUGGAUGAUCACGAGGUUGAGCUUAGUGAUAUCAUCAGCACACCACUACCCAAACUCCCAAUUGAUGUUACUGUAAAAGCACACUGGCUGGCUGUUGAUGGCAUUCAACCUGCAAUCCCAGAAAAUCCUCCACCUGACUGGAAGUGAGAAUGGCUUUAUGGACAAUUUGACAGGUGCUUUGCAAGUACUCCUGAAGGAGCAAUAGAAUGUACAGUCAAUG